AUGGCUUUGAAGAUCGCCCUCCUCGUGUCCUCCACCGUGGCCGCCGUGGCCAUCACCCUGAAGGAGGCGCAGGUUCAAGACAGUGUGGCCUUUGCCGCAGCGAAUGAAACGCUGGGCGGCUAUGUCGCAUGCAACCGCCCCCACGCGUGGUGCAGCACCAAUGACAAUUCCCACACCUAUCUCCAUGAGGACUGCAACGGUGAUGGUUUGCUCGAUCAGGUGUGCUAUUGGAAGGGCCACGUUUGGAUGAGGCUCAGCGGCCAUUGUGAGGCUCUCAACAACGGACACAAGACGAACCCCAAAUGCGAUAAGAUCAAGGAGAUGGCUGAAGAUGCCCAAAAGUACAUCUAUAUCACCGGCACUGAUCAUAACAUCUACCGUCAACCACUGGCGGGGCUUUCACCCUCCACGAAUUGGGAGCUCGUGGGAAGUCCAGCUGUGAUUUCACUGAUCAGUGCAAAGGACUAUUUCAUUGGGGUUGGAACGGACAAAAAGCUCUACGGUCAGCCCUUCUCACUGCUGAAAACAAUGAGCAAAUGGGUGAAAGCCCCCUUGGCUCGUGGAGAUAUCCUCGAUGGAGAUACGGUGGACGACACGUUCUACGGCGUGGGUACAAAUGGUUUGAUCUACAGCCAGAGCAUUAGCGGGAUGCACGCCAGUUCCCAUUGGAGCCAGGCCACGUCCAGGACAAGGCUGAUUGCUUCCACAUCUCAAUUUCAGGCGAUGACAUCUACUGCCGGACAGCAGCCAAGGAGAUCAACCACCAGAAGGUCUCGACGCUGA